CGGGCCGGGCCCCCGGCAGCGCCCGCUCCCCGCCGCCGCCUUUCCCAGCGCCCCGCGCGGCGGCGCCCGGCCCGGCCCGGCCCUGGGGGGGAAGCGCGGAGCCGCCGCCUCCCGCCGCGGGCCCGGGCGCUCCCCGAGAUGCCGCUGCUGAUCAACGGCGAGCGGAUCGACCUGGCCCGGCCCACGGGCGACAUGAUCCGCGCCUACCCGUACCUCGAGGAAAAGGCAAAGCUUCUGCGAAGUCAGCCUGCUCGAAUUGUGGAACCCAAAGGUCUUCUGUAUGUCCAGCAGAGAGAGUUUGCAGUGACCACCCCUACAGAUGGUUCUGUUUCCAUUCUUGGAUCGGAUGAUGCAACUACCUGCCACAUAGUUGUGCUCCGGCACACAGGCAGUGGAGCUACCUGCUUGACACACUGCGAUGGAUCAGACACGGAAGCUGAGGUGUCACUCAUCAUGAGUUCAGUAAAAUCUUUCUCUAACACUACAGGAUAUGGAAGGCUGGAAGUGCACCUAGUUGGAGGUUUCAAUGAUGAUAGGCAGUUAUCACAAAAACUUACUAAUCAGCUUCUUAGAGCAUUUGAUGUCCAACCGGAUGAUGUUCAUUUAGUGACUUUCUGCGUAACAGAACUCAAUGACAGAGAAGAAAAGGAUAUUCACUUUCCAAUCAUUUACGGAAUAGCUGUGAAUGUUAAAACAGCAGAGAUUUUCCCUGCAACCUUCCCAGAAAAAGGACCGGAUGAGGAUUUGCGUUCAGCCCAUGUUUUAACAGGAGCAUCACUGACUAAUAUUUAUGAUGCAAAGAAGGAACAACUCCAUAUUGGGCCUUAUUUCUGGAGGCCUUUCCCACAUGUGGAUUUCUGGCUGGAACAAGAUGAUAAACAGAUUUUACAGAAUCUUUCCACAUCGCCCCUGGCUGAGCCACCCCACUUUGUUUCCCACAUUAGGUCUACAUUAACAUUUUUAAAAGAACAUCCUUUUCCAUCUCGCUCCCUGUUUCCUGACAGGAAACCCCGCAUCUACAAGAAAAAUGAAGAAGGGUUGUGGGAACAGGUUUGUUCUGACAAGAUCUAACCUGGCACCAAAGAUCACAACUGCUUUAGGGAAGUAGUCUUGCAAGAAAAGCAAUUUUUUCCAAAAAGCGUAUUGCUGGUCACAAAUACCAUCCUUCCCCUGCUUUUCAAAAUAAAAUAUUUUGACAGAA